AUGGUACCAACGACUUACCUAGUGACGGAUGUUGCUUCGCACGCUUCACCAACACGCACACAAUUUGGUUCGGAUCAAGAAUCAUCAAAUAAGGCCAAUAUCUCUGUUGAUGCACACGAUAACACUUUAAUGCCAACCUCCGCAUUGCAAAGCCAAGUACCACAACAGCAAAUGCAAAACCAACAACAACAACAACAACAACGACGACGACAACAACAGAUACAGCAAUCACAACAACAAACACAAGAAGCCCAACAAGCAACCCAACCACACCAACCACAACACGCGCAGCAAUUCGCACAACCACCACAGCAACACACACAUCAACACAAAGAGCAGGUGACCCAACAACAGCCACCACAUGCACAGGCACAGGCACCAGUACCAUCACUGCAACAGAGUGUUACGCCAAGUGCAAUGCCACAAAGUGCAAUGCCACAAUCGCAUACACCUGCAACGCAGCCGUAUAGCACGGAAGGGAUGACUCCGCAGUCAACCCAACCACCACUGGCCGGACCGGAGCUUAACCAGUCACACCAGACAACAGCCCCUCAUGGACAGGCUCAUGCAGAUACCUCCAAGAGUUCGGCCAGCAUCCCUACCACUGGUGAAACCAACACCGUGGUCUUGAACACAGAGAGUUCCACAGAGAGUUCGACUCCAGGUGCGUCAUCUGCUGAACAGGUCAAUAGCACCGCAGAGACUGUACAGGACAUUACGCUGGUGCAGCCCACACUUCCAGCUGGCAAUCCCGAUGUGCCUAUCCUCCCCACUCAGCAAUAAAGUAUUUCCUCUGUAAUACCAGUAGGAUAUGAAAGUGUAUGGAAUACGUUUCCUCAGAAUUGUCUGUUUGGAAGGCAAGUAUAGACCUAUAGCCUUUUGCUUUCGCUCGUUGGAAAUUGCGAAUUGGUUUAACCAGAUAGAUGGAAGUAUCAACCAAUUCUCUUUGAUCCUCGAAAAUAACGUGAGAGUGUAUUGAGGAGUAUUUGCAAUUGUGAAGAAGUCGCGUGCGCCCGAUAUCACACCCGCUACAUCUCACACGUCCAUUCUGUAUGCUCAGAGACCUUUUCAUCGCCUGAGAAGUGCAGCGGCCCAAUUUAAUCGGUGCUAUUCGUGCUUGGCAGCACACAGCUCCUCAGCAACUGGAAUAGAGAAUAGCAGACCACCCCAAAUGAGUUGAUUCACACAGUACGAGUUUUGUGAUUAACCCCUCAUUGUAUGUCGUAGCUGGAUACACCUUCUCCAAUUCUGGGUGGUCAUGUACAUUCAAUAGACCUGAAAAAUCCAUCACCCCGUAAGCACAAUUGUAUCUUAUAAUAGGCACACUAAUUAUG